CGAACAUUCGCGCUUAUCUUUUUACAUAUUAAUUAAUACAAGGUUUACCUCACUUUGUAUUUUUUUUUCUUUUUCGGAUUUGAUUGAUUCUUUAUCCCUUUUCUUUUCUUCCAUCUAAUAUUUUGGGCGCGAGAGAGGAACUCUUUUAAUUAGACGGUCUCUGUCUAGACUGUCUUGGUACUGUAUGACAGAUUAUCGUCCCUGUGUCCUCUCUUGUAACCAAGAACACACCUAGGUCUAUAGAUAUCAUGUUCGGCUUUGGCAGUAAGCGCAAGAUUGAGGACGAAUCGUCCCCAAGCAAUGUGGCAGAUCAACCAGCCAGCCAAGUUGACGAUGCUGAUCUCGACAUAACGCAAAGCCAGCCCUUUUGGACUGCAAUCUUGCCCGUGAUUGCCUGUGGUGCUGGUCUUUUCUCAGAUGGUUACAUCAACAAUGUCAUCGGAAGCGUAUCCACAGUCCUCGGAAGGGAGUAUGGUUCUGUGUACACCAACUCGCAGGCCAAAAAGGUCGUCAGCGCCAUUGCCUUUGCAGGGACUGUCGUUGGACAACUUGCCUUUGGAUUUCUCUCUGAUCGCUGGUCAAGAACAAACUCACUACUUAUUUCAACCAUCAUCUUGAUCAUCUUUACGGCGCUCGCUGCAGGAUCUUACUGGCAUGGAGAAGCCACGGGAAUGUUCACGAUGCUGGCUAUUUGGCGCUUCUUUGUCGGCAUUGGCAUUGGUGGCGAGUAUCCUGCGGGAUCUGUAGGCUGCGCAGAGUCUACGGGUGAGCUUAAGGCUGGCACGCGCAACAUGUUCUUCAUCCUCUUUACCAAUAGCAUGAUAGACUGGGGAUUCGUAUUUGGCGCUUUUGUACCAUUCGUCGUUGCUGCUGCUGCCAAGAACGAGUACAUGAGCACCAUCUGGCGCACUAGCUUGGGCAUUGGUGUCGUGUUUCCUCUGGUCCUUUUAGUCAUGCGCUUCCGCUUGAAAGAACCGGUCGAAUUCAGCAAGAACUCGUUCAGGCACACCAAGACACCGUAUAGGCUGGUGCUCAGGUUUUACGGAUGGAGGCUCUUGAUCGUGAGCUUGAUAUGGUUCAUCUACGAUUUCCUUACCUACGCUUUUGGCAUCUACUCGUCUACUAUUCUGGCAAACAUCUUCCCAGAUGGACAGGCUUUAACCAUUGUGUUUGGCUGGAACACUGUCAUCAACCUAUUCUACAUCCCGGGAACAAUGCUUGGAGCACCUCUUAGCGACAAGAUUGGACCUCGAUACGCUCUUGCCGCCGGCGUGAGUGCCCAGGCCGUCAUUGGCUUUAUCAUGGCAGGCCUGUACCCGCAACUCGCACAGGCCUCCAAUGUGGCCGCCUUUGCCGUGGUCUACGGCAUCUUCCUGUCCAUGGGUGAGCUGGGACCUGGAAACAACAUUGGUCUCCUCGCCGCCAAGACGUGCGCAACUGGUGUUCGUGGACAGUACUAUGGCAUCGCGGCAGCCAUCGGCAAGAUCGGCGCCUUCGUCGGGACCUACGUCUACCCCUACAUCGAGGCGGCGGGCGGAGAAAGCGCUGUCGCCUCGGCCCAGUACCCCUUUUACGUUUCGUCAUCGCUCUGCGUCGUCUCGGCCGCGCUAGCCAUUUUUUGCCUGCCCCAUAUCGGCCAGGACACCAUCACGCUCGAGGACAAGCGCUUCAGGGAAUUCCUCGAGGCCAACGGCUACGACACGCGCCAGAUGGGGCUCAACAAGGGCGAGAGCCUCGAGGACUCCGAGGCUGUCACUGCCGAGAAGGGUGGCGCUGCUGCGGCUACGGCGGAGGCGUGAAUUGGCACUGGUAGAAUCCCAAGAGAGUUAAUUGGAGGAGAGUGAGUGUCACAGCAAGACGCACCCAUCCACUACGAGCUAGCCCCUAACGCACACAGACAAGGGCAUGAAUCGGACGUGUUGACGAGUUUGGAAACC